CUACAUAUGCAGCCAAAUAGAUCUUUCUUACAAUAACUUUUCCGAGACAUCUGAACCAUCUACUUGUCGAGAAACUUUCAAUCUCUUCAGGAGCUCAUCUGGACAGAAAAACAACUCAAUACUCAGCAAGUGCCUGACUCAAUGUUCAGAAGAUCAUUAUUCAUUUCAUAUUAAUUGUGGUGGAAAACAAACUACCAUUGGUGACAUCACGUAUGAAGGGGAUCAGGACUCGGGAGGCGCUGCAAAAUUUGUCCAUAACCGAGCUAUUUGGGGAUUUAGCAGCACUGGUGAUUUCUGGGAUAUUUGGAGCACCACAAAGGACUACAUAGCAGAAAAUGUGUCUGUACUGAGAAUGAACAAUUCAGAUCUCUACACAACUGCGCGCCUCUCGCCUCUUUCACUAACUUAUUAUGGUCGAUGCUUGGUAAAUGGAAAUUACACUGUGAAAUUGCAUUUUGCAGAGAUAGUACUAAGAGACAACAGAUCUUAUUAUGGUGUUGGAAGGCGAAUAUUUGAUGUUUAUGUUCAGGGAAAAUUGGAGUUGGAGGAUUUUGACAUUGAGAAGGAAGCUAAUGGAGUUGAUAAGGAAUUUAUCAAAGUAGUUAAGACAGUUGUGAGUCAUAAGACACUAGAGAUUCGCCUUCAAUGGGCGGGGAAAGGGACGAGGAAUGUUCCAAAGAGAGGAAUGUAUGGUUCUCUAAUUUCAGCUAUCUCAGUGGAGUCUGAUUCCAAACCUCCAGAAAAGAGCAAAGCAACAAAGUUCAUCAUCAUUGGAGUUGUCUCAGCUUUUUGCCUUCUUCUCAUAGUUUUAGAAAUUCUUUGGUGGAAAGGCUAUUUUAGGAAGAAGGAAUCAAGGGAUGAAGUUCUAAGAGGAUUAGAUCUAAAAACCGGUUUCUUCACGUUUAAACAAAUUAAAGCUGCCACUAACAACUUCGAUGCUGCAAACAAAAUCGGAGAAGGAGGAUUUGGAUCAGUCUACAAGGGUGUGCUAUUAGAUGGCACUAUUAUCGCAGUUAAGCAACUCUCAUCCAAAUCGAAGCAAGGAAAUCGUGAGUUUAUAAAUGAGAUAGGCAUGAUUUCUGCUUUACAACAUCCAAAUCUUGUCAAAUUGCAUGGAUGUUGUAUUGAAGGAAAGCAACUAUUGCUGGUUUAUGAGUACAUGGAGAACAAUAGCCUUGCAAAUAUUUUAUUUAGUCCUGAAGAAGGUCAAGUGAAAGUAGAUUUGAAUACAAGGCAAAGAAUAUGCAUAGGCAUUGCAAGAGGUCUGGCUUUCCUACAUGAGGAAUCAGCAAUUAAAAUUGUACACAGAGACAUCAAAGCCACAAAUAUACUACUAGACAAGGACCUUAGUCCAAAAAUAUCAGAUUUUGGUUUGGCCAAACUAAAUGAUGAAGAGGAAAACACCCACAUCAGCACCAGAGUUGCUGGAACUAUAGGAUAUAUGGCCCCAGAGUAUGCAUUAUGGGGUUACUUAACUGAUAAAGCAGAUGUAUAUAGUUUUGGAGUUAUGGCUAUGGAAAUUGUGGCUGGCAAAAACAACAUGAGAUAUCGUCCAAAUGAAAACUUUGUUUGCCUUCUAGAUUGGGCUAUUUUCUUACAACAAAAGGGAGAUAUAAUGGAGCUGGUGGAUCUAAAGUUGGGGUCGAAAUUCAAAAAAGAAGAGGCAAAAAGAAUGAUCAAGGUAGCUCUAUUGUGCACAAAUCCAUCACCUUCACUUCGCCCCACCAUGUCAACUGUAGUGACCAUGCUUGAAGGCCGAACUACUAUCCCUGAACUAGUCAUGGAUUCAAGUAUUCUUGAUGAUCCAUUCAGGUUCACCGGGUUGCGAGACAAGCUUGAUCAGAUUUCACAACAGAGCUCAAGUGAAACAAUAUCAUGGAUGGGUUCUUCCUCUAAAUAAACUUUUUUUUUUAUCUUUAGUGAGAGUUACAUUUGUUUUCAUUUUAGCUAUGUCUAUAUAUUUAGGUGCGUUAAUUGUAUUCUAGAAUUUAUUAGGAAACAAGAAAAGAAAGCUAUUCUUAUAUGAUUUUAUUUAUCAUAUCCAUGCGUUUUUUCUAUAUAAAAAAAUGGUUAGAAAUAAAUCAUGUACAGCUUUGCUAGUUAUUAGCCAGAGUACUCUUAUAUAUCAGUUAGAAGUUAGUUGUGUUCUUGGUUAUAA